AUGUUGUUUACAUAUGUGAAUGCGUGUUUGAAUUCUGAAUCCUGGGUUUGUGGAGUUGGAAUCGACGAGAAGAUUGGGUCACACAACAUAGUCAUAAGCACCGAUUUGAUGAACGAUUUGAUAGCUGGUUCUUUUGGUUCGGUUCCAGGCAGUAGCGAUGACCCCAACGGCCGUCUCGACGGCCUCCUGUGGUACAAAGACUCCGGCCACCACAUCUCCGGCGAGUUCUCGAUGGCCGUUGUUCAAGCCAACUCCCUUCUCGAGGACCAUAGCCAGCUGGAGUCGGGUCCUAUCAGCUUGCACGAUCCAGGACCCGAAGCGACUUUUGUUGGUGUUUAUGAUGGUCAUGGAGGUCCCGAAGCGGCUAGGUUCGUGAACGAGAGGCUGUUUUACCACAUGAGGAGGUGUACGUCGGAGCAGAGAGGGAUCUCUCCGGACGUGAUCACGAGAGCGUUUGUGGCGACGGAGGAGGAGUUUCUUGGUUUGGUGAAGGAGCAGUGGAAGGAGAAGCCGCAGAUUGCUUCUGUUGGGGCUUGUUGCUUGGUUGGUGUCGUUUGCAAUGGGCUGUUGUAUGUAGCGAACGCUGGAGAUUCGAGGGUUGUGUUGGGGAAGGUGGAGAGUCCGUUUAAGGAGAUGAAGGCUGUGCAGCUGUCUACAGAGCAUAACGCGAGCAUGGAGUCGGUGAGGGAGGAGCUGCGUCUGCUGCAUCCGAAUGAUCCGAACAUUGUGGUGUUGAAGCAUAAAGUGUGGCGUGUGAAAGGGAUCAUACAGGUGUCGAGGUCUAUUGGCGACGCGUACUUGAAGAGGGCAGAGUUUAACGAGGAGCCGCUGCUGCCGAAGUUUAGAGUCUCGGAGCGGUUUGAGAAGCCGAUUAUGAGAGCUGAGCCGACGAUAACGGUUCAUAAGAUUCACCCGGAGGAUCAGUUUCUUAUAUUUGCGUCGGAUGGUUUGUGGGAGCAUUUGAGCAACCAAGAAGCUGUUGAUAUCGUGAAUUCUUGUCCACGCAAUGCUGUGGCUCGGAGGUUAGUGAAGGCUGCGUUGCAAGUAGCAGCGAAGAAGAGAGAGAUGAGGUAUUCGGAUUUGGAGAAGAUUGAGCGUGGCAUCAGGAGACACUUUCACGAUGACAUUACUGUGAUUGUCGUUUUUCUCCACACUGCGAAUUAUGGGAUUCGAGCUCCGGUUUCUGUCAAAGGAGGUGGUCAUCUCUCAGGGAAUGCGUUUUUAUAG